CCUCAAACACGCAGCUCCUCAGGCAGCAUCGAAUCAAGUCGUCAUGGCCGGCUACUUUCCGCCUAAUGCACAUCUCACAAGUCAUGCAUCGACAAGAACCUCUUCUCCAGCUUCCUCUCCACUCUCCCCGCCAACCCAGCAGCGAUCCAAUGCCUUGUCUAACCGGUUGACAAGUGUACUUUCCGCCUCGUACGCGGAUUCGGAUAUCCGCGAUGCUUUAGAGACCCUCAGUCUUCGGGGAAUCCACAACACCGCAGAAGUUCGAAGACAGCUUCGUCUAGAUGUUCAAAAGGAGGUCGUCGACUGCAAUGCCGAAAUCGUGCGCGACUUUGGCAAGGUUGCGGAGCAACUGAAGCGGAUCGGAACGGUCAUUACGAACCUUAACCAGACAUGUGAGGAGAUGCGCAAACAUAUAGUCCUAGCUAAACAGGAUACAACGCCCGUCCUGGAAGAAGCGUCUGCGUUGAUGAAGCAAAAGACCGAUGCUGAGACUAAGCAACAGCUGCUCGAUGCAUUUACGCAACAUUUUGUGGUUCCAGAGGAAGAGACACUGGUACUGACGGCUGCUGAAGAGCCGAUUGAUGACCACUUCUUCGAAGUCCUUGCCCGUGUGAAACAGGUUCAUCGGGACUGUGAAGCGUUGCUAGGUGGGGGGAAUGAGCGACUCGGUCUGGAGCUAAUGGAGAAGAGCUCGAGGAGCCUGAACUCCGCCUACCAAAAACUCUACCGCUGGGUUCAGAAAGAGUUCCGAUCUCUGAACUUGGAAGACCCUCGCAUCAGCAGCUCCAUCCGGCGCGUCCUGCGCGUGCUGGCGGAGCGACCUAGUCUGUUCCACAGCUGUCUGGAUUUUUUCGCUGAAGCUCGUGAUUAUGUCCUCUCCGAUGCCUUCCACUAUGCCCUUACGGACGCUGCCACUGGAGGUGGGGGAGAUAGGCAAGUCAAGCCCAUCGAGUUUUCGGCUCACGAUCCUCUGCGGUAUAUUGGAGAUAUGUUGGCUUGGGUGCACUCGACUACCGUCUCGGAAAGGGAGGCACUCGAAUCCUUGUUUGUUGAUGACGGCGAAGAGCUCGCCAGGGGCAUUCAGGCCGGUUUGAGCAGUGAGCCGUGGUCGCGCAUCGACGAAGACCAGGAGGUCACCUUCGACGGACAGAAAGCUCUCAGCGAUCUUGUCAAUCGUGACCUUGUCGGCGUCUCACGGGCCCUCCGCCAGCGAGUCGAACUAGUCAUCCAAGGCCACGACGACCCUGUUACAUGCUACAAGGUGGUCAAUCUCCUAUCCUUCUACCAAACCACCUUUGCCAAGCUCCUUGGGUCCCAAUCCAGCUUGAGCGAGCUCCUCGAGACGCUGGAGAAAUUCACCUUCCACCACUUCGAAACCCUCAUGCAGCAGGAAGUCGGUAGUCUGUCAACCGAUCACUUAGCCCUGACCCCGCCAGACGAUCUCUCGCCCCCUCAGUUCCUCCAAGACGCGCUCGAAUCGCUUACCCUGCUCAUGAAAUCGCACGACAUCUCCGUUGGCGCAGAGGAACCACCAUCAACCCUCGACAACAACAACAGCAGCUCCCACGACCCCACACCCAACCGAUUCAGCCCAGUCCUUCGAUGCGCCCUGGACCCGUUCCUCGAACUCGCCAAAUCCACCGCCCAAGACCUGGCCCCGACUCCACGAACCAUCUACCUCACGAACAUCCACCUCGCCACCCGCGCAGCCCUCACCCCGUACCCCUUCGCCAGCGCAACCCACCUUCCACCUCUGUCCGCAGCCCUCUCUACCCUCCGCAUGGACCUCCUCGCCAUUCAACACCAAUACCUCCUCACCGAAUCAGGCCUUCAAACCCUCCUCGCCGCCCUGGAACCCUUCUCCCCGUCAUCCACUACCGCCACCGGCCCCAAGACCCUCCCUCCUCCUUCCGACCCUGCCGACCAACAACCACCGCAAAGGGCCCAGCCACCCGACAUCGCAGACCUUACCACCCUUCCAGCCUUCCAGCCCGACGCCCUCAUCCUCACUAGCCAGCAGCUCGACGACUUCCUCCCGUCGGCGCUCAUGGACGCCACAGACCAUUUGAAGCGAGUGCAGAGCGCCACGUUCGUGAAGAGCGUGACGGAGGAGGCGGUGGAGGCCUUCUGUCGGGACUUUGAGUUCGUGGAGGGGAUGAUUAUCGGGGCGGAUGAGGCGAGGAGGAGUGCACGGGGUGGUGGUGAAGGUGCGAACGGGAUGCCUGAGAAGGAGGAUGCAGAAGCAGCUGAAGAGGGCGAGGGAGAGGAGGAGGAGGUGGGCAAGGAAGACGGUCGCGAUUGGGGGUUGAGGAAGUUGUUCCCUCGGACUACCGGGGAGAUCCGGGUUUUGUUGAGCUGAUAGUCGUCAACCAGUGGUGGGAUUGUAUAUAGAGAGAACCUGAUGCAUAGAUGAUGAUUGUUUUAUGUAUGUUGUGUUGGAACUUACUUGUGG